GUUCUCCGGGGCGGCUCGGCCGUCGAGCUCAACGCGCGCGAAUUGCGCGUCUGCCCGGGAAAGAGGGAGGAGACCCGGGAAUGAUCUUUCCACUCAUCUGGGAGCACCCUGAGUCAACUGACAUGACCGUUUUCUUUGCCUGAAGUGUUUUCCUGGCACACGGUAACACCAGUUGCACCAUGGACCUGAAGUAUGACUUGCUCAACACCACAGUGUUCUGGUUUCCCUCAGCCUCUCAGUUUGAUAGUUUCUCCCCAGAGACUCCUACCACGAACACCUCCAUAAACAUCACGGGCAACCACUAUGACCUGACCAGCAAUGCCAUCCUCACCUUCCUUUAUUUUGUGCUUUGCAUUGUGGGACUGUGUGGUAACACCCUGGUCAUUUAUGUCAUCCUCCGCUAUGCCAAGAUGAAGACGAUCACCAACAUCUACAUACUCAACUUGGCGAUAGCCGACGAACUGUUCAUGUUGGGGCUGCCGUUUUUGGCGAUGCAGGUGGCUCUAGUCCAUUGGCCCUUCGGGAAAGCCAUCUGUCGGAUUGUCAUGACUGUGGAUGGCAUCAACCAGUUCACCAGCAUCUUCUGCCUCACAGUAAUGAGUGUUGACAGGUACCUUGCUGUAGUGCAUCCCAUAAAAUCUGCCAAAUGGAGGCGGCCGACAACAGCAAAGAUUGUCAAUGUAGCUGUAUGGGGCAUUUCCCUUCUGGUCAUCAUGCCGAUCAUGAUAUAUGCCGGAGUUGCCCAUAACCAUGGAAGCAGUAGCUGUACCAUCAUCUGGCCAGAUGAGUCUGGCGCUUGGUAUACUGGUUUCAUAAUCUAUGCCUUUAUUCUCGGCUUCUUGGUCCCCCUUACCAUCAUCUGCCUUUGUUACCUCUUCAUUAUCAUCAAAGUCAAGUCCUCUGGUAUCAGGGUGGGCUCCUCUAAGAGGAAAAGAUCAGAGAAGAAAGUUACCCGGAUGGUGUCCAUUGUGGUGGCUGUUUUCAUCUUUUGCUGGCUGCCCUUCUACAUCUUUAACGUCUACUCGGUCUCGGUCUCCAUUGUGCCCACCCCGGUUCUCAAGGGCAUGUUUGAUUUUGUUGUGGGCCUCACCUAUGCCAAUAGCUGUGCUAACCCUAUCCUCUAUGCCUUCUUGUCUGAUAACUUCAAGAAAAGCUUCCAGAACGUUCUCUGCCUGAUGAAAGUCAGUGGCAUGGAUGAAACAGAUAGGAGUGACAGCAAGCAGGAUAAAUCCAGGUUAAAUGAAGCCACAGAAACCCAAAGGACACUGCUCAAUGGAGACCUCCAGACAAGCAUCUGAAAGACUUCUGCAGCUGUCCAGUCAUCUCCUUCCUGCUUCUUCAUAGAAGGCAGCAGCCCACGGCAAAUCAGGUCUUUCUCCCUUCUCUUAAGGGAAGGGUCAUGCAUGAGAUGGAUUGGUUCGUGGAGUAGGCUUGCUUCUCAGUCAAGGAAGGACAUUUUGGAAGGUGUUAAUUUUAAAAAGCUAAUAUGUAGGGGUAAAUAAGUCCUGAAGCAUGCACAAAUAUGUGUAUGUCUGCACACGGUGUAAUCAUGCAUUGAGAGAAUCCCUACAGCAUAUCUACAAGAGUGAUUUUGAGAUAAAAACCCCUCACAGAUUUUUCCAGUAAGUACAUGGACUACAGUUUUAUACUCUCUAUUUCCAAUUUCAACUAGACUUUUUAAAAAAGGACUUGGUUGAAUCAAAUACAUGUCGGCCCCCUAACGAAGCCGAGUGAGACAUAGGCAAGAGGUUGGCAUUCAGAAAAGUUAUCAGCCUAGGAAAGCAGAGACCUGGAAACUCCCCACCUUCAAUCUGUAGGUGCUUCCAAAGCACAGCUUUAUGUGCUGUUGAGUAGGCAAAUGUUGAAUAUAUAUUUCUAUCAAAACUGAAAAUCCAUACGGCCAUAAGGCAAUGUGUGUGUGUUUAGGGAGAAGAACUGAUAUCCACCAUCUUGGUUACAAACCCAUUAAUGAAAUGGUAUCUUCAGAGUUAGGACUGGAAACUUUCAUAGCUUAAAUCAGUGCAGAAAAUAUAUGGAUGCUGUUGGGGAGAGGAGAAUCUCUCUCUCUCUCUCUCUAGCUAUAACGAGAUCCUUUAUCAUCAUUUGACAGAAAUGAUGUUUUGCCCUGUUUCCAUCCCCGUUACAAGGCCUCUUUAAUUGUUUUUGUAUUUAAAGAUCUGCUGUUGAUAGGAUGUGUACUGUCAAAGCAUUAGAUUGAAUUUCUAGUAUCUGUCAGUUGAAUAAGAAUGAUCCACCUGGGAUGGGGUUAAAAUUUACCUUUUCCGUCAUGGCCCAGUUCUCCUGAUCCUGUACCAGAUUGAAAAGACAUAUAGUACCGUUCCUUCUGUCCCUUACUUUUCUAUUAGAAUCAGAACCGAGCAAAUUUACAAUCACAUGAUGAUAGCUUAUAUGUAUCCAAUAGCAAUCACAGGUCAAGUUUCAGAGACAGAGCGUUAAGAUUGCCUCUGACAGAUAACCACAGUUUCUUAAAACAAAAGCAAGACCAGUAAAAAAAAUCUGGCCAGGGCAAUCAAAGACCAGCCAAACUGAAACUCCAAUUCAUAUAAGGAAAAAGCCUUUACAAUACAUUUUAUUUAUUUAUUUGAUUUGAUUUAUACCCCACCCUCCCCACAGAUGGGCUCAGGGUGGCUAACAACAUUCAAAAAAUACAUUAAGUCACAAAAACAUAAAAUCAAUAAUAAUUUUUUAAAAGUCAUUAAAAUAGUCCAGGAGCAGGCUAUUUAAACAAAUAUUGGGAGUCCAUAUACGGGCAUAGCAGAUGGCCGAGGGCAGCCCCAGGGCAGCCUUUCCCCAAGAGGAACUCUUGCCACAGCGGUUAGGCUACCACAGCUGUUAACACUGGCACAGGGCAAAGUCGUGUCUGUUUCUGGGAGGCUUUUUUGGGAUACCAAUGAAGGACAACUAAGUGUCAUUUUUUUAAAAAAUAACAGAAUCAGAGCAGAGUGAACUCAUACACACAUACACUGGUCAUUUGAUGGCUUGUAUGGAUAGAAUAGCUAACAUAGGGCCAAACUACAAGUGACGAAUGACACACGUUGGACACUUGUCAGCUUCCCUCAAGUUUUGAUGGGAAAUGUAGGCAGCUUGGCAGAAUGUUGGACAAGUGACAGUUGAAAAGUCCAUUGGACAGCAGUCGGAGAACCAAGCUGCAAGACCAGGACGCCUACAUUUCCCAUCAAAACUUGAGGGAAGCUGACAACUGUCCAACCUGUGUCAUUCGUCACUUGUAGUUUGGCCCAUAGAUCAAGCAUCAGAGGGUAUAUAAGGAUUUUCUCACACAACAAAAUAUCUCUGCCCCCACCAUGACCUCCCAAUGGUGCUUCUACUCUUGCAGAGUUCUGGUAUUCUUCAGAAUGAGAUGCUAUUAUGGCUGGAUCUAAGAGCUGCAUCCAUUGUGCACUUUCUCACCCCAACAAAUAUAGGUGCGAGCAGGGCUUUUUUUCAGUGGGAAUGCGGUGGAACGGAGUUCUGGCACCUCUUAAAAAUGGUCACAUGGCUGGUGGCCCCGCCCCCUGAUCUCCAGUGAGGGCAAUCUAAACUCCCCUCUGUCUGGAGAGCAGGGGGUGGGGCCACCGGCCAUGUGUCCAUAUUCGCCAAGGCAAUUUAAACUUUAAAAAACUCCUGCCUUGUUCCAGCUGACCCAAAGUGAUGCCACCACCUCUUUCCCCCCCCAAAAAGCUCUGGGUGCUAGAAAAACAUUUGCUUCCCUUUCUGUUGGAAUAACAAUCUGGUCAGAAUUCUGUUUGCAAAAGCAAUCCAAUCGCAGUUGGUGCUUCAUGGGGAAACUAAGAUGCAUGUAGCCAUAACACUGCGGGGACAGGUAUGAAUAGCACAAAUUAAAUAGUUGGGAUUUCUACCCUCGAGAUAAAAGCUUGACUUAUCCAUCUUGCUGUGAUGCUGCAAGAAUAUAUUAGUUUAAUGCAAGCUGAACAAAUAACAGGAGCACGUCAAGAUUCUGAGAACUGGCAGCCCAAUACAAACCGUUUUGUUAUGUACCACUGAUCUUCAUGGGGCUUACUUUCAAGCGACAUGAAGCCUGUUUCUUGUAGGGCCUUAGUAAACCUUAAACAGCAAAUUGUGUGAAUAGUUUUAAUGCUACCCAAAUAUGAGUCUUCUUCCAGAGCAAAAAAAAAAAAAUCUGGAGAAACUGUACCAGCGUCUUGUCCUAAGGACAGGACCUUCCUCUUUGCUAUCUGAGCUUGUUAAUAUAUUACAUUUUGGUGAUAUGAGCAUCUAACAAUCCACGUGGUUGUAAUUAUCUUAUAAAUCUGAGUUCAGUGUCAGAAUCUGGUACCUUGUGGGAAGGAAGGACAAGUCUUUAAUUCUAUUUGAAAAUGAUACAGGCCGUAUCUGGAAAAAGUUCAGCAUAGAAAAGAAGUGGAUGGAGCUUCCAUAAAUCAAUGACAGGACUCAGUCAUUCCACUGAGCUUGCCAGCUCUCUUCUUCUUCUUCCCCAUUUCCACACUGCCCAAAGGGUGCUAUUUCCCUUUUCUAGCCAUAUUUCUGAUCGUGUCAUUUCAUAACUUAAUGAAGUUUUGCAUUCAGAACAAAGUAUACAAAUUGAGUAAGAUUUAAUGCAAAAUUCUUCCGUUCGUUGCCCUCAUUCUAGCCAAAGUCUUUGGGUUCCCUGGCAGUACAACCAGACUUCUUUAAUGAAGAGUUACUCUAGUUCCUAUAAGAGUUACUGUUAGUUCCUAUAAUUACAAUGAAACAUAAAACAUACCCUAUCAAGGAAGCCGCAGACAGUUUAGCCCUGUGAUGUGUGAACGUUAUCAUAUCAUCUCUUUGCUCUGAAUGGUUUGUCCAUAAGAUUACUUGCAUAUUCGCUGGUAAGUCUUGGGCUAUUUAAGAAUAGACUAUUAAGUUUUAUGGCCUCGGAGAUAUCAAAAUGACUUUGCAUUAUUACUGGGUUCAGGGCUAGAAGCAAACAAUACUGCUCUGGUCUUGCACUGUGAUUUUUACUGCUAACCAUAGGCAUUUGAAGCCAUGAGUAAAGGAACUUCAUAAGCAUAAUCUUGGCAACAGCCAAGAAUUUAGUGGCAUACUGUUUGAUUUCAUCCAUCCAAAAUAUCUGGAUAAACAGAAAUAGGGGCCAGGUAGGAAAUGGGGACUUGUGGGACCACAGGGGGCUCGCUAGUGACAUCAUUCUUGUUACUGGUGAUGCACUGACAUCAUUCCCAUGUGCCAGGAAGUGAUGUCUGCAUGUCACCAGGGGAUGCUCUGGUAUUUGGGAAAAACUCUAUGGUUUAACUUGACAUCACUUCCAGGCACACUGGGAAUGAUGUCAGUGCAUUAGGAUGCUGCCAAUGUUCCCUCUCCAUGUCCUGCCAUUGUUUCCCCAGCUGGUGAGCUUCGUUGCAGUGGGAAACACCCAUUGGAGGCAGGGUAUCCCCCACCCUGACCAGGGAGUUGGAAAAUCUGAUCAGAAACUUGGAAAUACAGAAUGCUUAGGGCAUUCAUUCACAUUACACUUCUAAUCUGCACAAACAAUAAUAAAAUGCAUAUAAAUAGCAUAGGAGAGGUCCAAAUGUGAACUAAACCGUAAUGUGUAAAAAUUUUCUUAGUUCUUAUUUUACCAGCAGACUUUAAUUAUGUUUUGGAUUCUGAUAAAGGUUUAGUAUUAGUGAUUCUGUUAAACCCCAUGACCAGCAACUAGUUUUACAAGGACUCUAAGUUGGACUUCCAUCAUUUUCCACACACCUCUGGUACCUUCAGAUUGUCAGCUAGGGGUCAGUUAAUACUCCUUUGGAGUAUUGAUACUUCUUUGGAGUAUUAACUGUAAUGCAAGUUGACCUUGUAUUACAGUUGCCAAGUCCAUGUUGGGAAAUUCCUGGAGAUUUGAGGGAGGAACCAAGAGAGAGGAGAGCCACAGCAGAGUAUAAUGUCAUAAAGUCCACCCUCCACAACAGCCAUUUUCUCAAGGGGAGACAUCUCUGUUACCGGGAGAACUAUUUUAUUUUAUUUUAUUUAUACCCUGCCUUUCUCCCCAAUGGAGACCCAAACUGGCUCACAUUGCAUUCUCCUCUCCUCCAUUUUAUUGUCACAACAACCCUGUAAGGUAGGUUAGGCUGAGAGAUCAGCUGUAAUUCCAGGAGAUCCCCAGGCCUCACCUGCAGGUUGGCAACCCUACCUUGCGUUGAAGUCCCGCAUAAUACUAAAAUUAUUUCUUGUGAUCACAAUGCCGUCACUGCAACUUCCUUUUAAAAAUGGGGAAAUAAUUAAAAAAACAUUUUCACACAUCUUUACCGUUGCGCAAAAUCGCGCAAAACUUACAGAACAACGGCGUCUUCAUGGCACGAUAUUCCAUCAUGAUUCCGUUUCGUGGCACAAUGACAUCAAAAAUCGCACCACGAAGACGCUGUCAUUCCGUGAGUUUUGCACGACGGUAAAGAUGUGUGAAAACAGCCUAGAUUUUGUUCGUAGCACAAUUUCUGUGUAACAUUUUAUGCCUCCCCUCAAACGGCAGGAAUACUAGAUGAUCUCUUUUGGAGUCACAGAGGACAUGUAUCCUUUUGGCCUCUUUAUUAAAGGAAGUAAAUAUUAACUAAGGCUUUGUGAGGAUUGUGUAGGUUACGCCACUGAGGAUUAGAUGAGAGAACAGCAUGGUACAUUAAGAUGAAAAAUGGUCUUGUGGGUGCUAGAUAGACUGAUAGAUCCAGGUGCUUGCGGCUGAAUGUUAUGGUCAUCAUAUUGCUUCAAAAUGGCUUUAGGGGCUUAAUAUGAAAAGAGUCACAUAGUGGUGUGUAUAAUAUAUGCAAGAGCGGGGGGGAUAUUUGCUUCCGCAUCUCUCUUGUAAUUAAAAUACAGUUAUCAGAGUCUAACUCUUCUACUCAGAGAUUUGUAUAUCUUUGUGUAAACAUUCCCUUGGCCUACUUUUGUCGCACACUGUGCAAUGGAGGACCUCGUGCUGUAGGUAGACAAUGAAAAGCUCUACAAAGAACUCCAACCAAGGCUGCAGCCUGCCUUCAUCGCUGGAUAGGGCUCCCCUGUUUUCAGAAAGAUAAUGAAUGUUUUAAAAACUGUCAUUAUCAAAACUUUCUCGAGCCUUUUCAUCUGCAUGUCUCCUACAGUCUCUCAGUUGUUAGCAUUAGAAACAUAAAUAUGAAUAGUUGUUUAGAAGCUUUUUAAAAUAAAUAGUAACUUGCUUAAGUUAUCCCUGUGCUGGUAUUAUCCUUAAAGUAUAAUGGUGAUUGCCAUCUUGAAAAAUCCUCCAGAGGGAAUUUUAUGUAGGAGAACUUGGUAGAGGUUUGGUGCUCUUGGGGAACAGAAGCUGCCAUUUAUAUUUUUUUAACCAGAAAUUUUCCUGUUCUAAAAAGAUGUGCUUAUUCUCCCAUAUAUUAAAAGGCCUGGGGUUCUGGGAAAAUAUUUAGACAGGAUGAACUGGUGAUUCAUAUAUAGGGUUCCCAGGUGCCUGCUGGUGGUGGACAAACUCCCAGUGGUUUGCACCCUUGCCCGCUGAUCUGCCAAUGAUCAGCAGGAGGUGGCAAGCCCCGUGGAGGUUGCCCACCACUGGCAGGCAUCCUAAGAGCACGUGCAGUUUGCGCACUCCCAAGCGGUGCAACAGUUCCACCCCAGCCGCAGGAGCAUUGCUGCGCUUCGUUUGGGGCUGAUUUGGGCCGCAAAUGGGCUGAAUCAGCCCUGCAUGGAACGCUGGCAUGAUGACAUCACUUCUGGGGGUGAUGUCAUCAUGCAGAUGCUGGAGCGUGCAUGAAAAGCAGCACAUCACUGGCAUAAGAUUAAUGCCAGGUUGCCCCCCCUCCUGCUAGGAGGAUAGAGGGACCUGACAACCCUAUUCAUAUAGGGCUGUGGGUCCACUUGGGUUAUGGCCUCAACAUCAACAGCAAUGUAGGAAGCUGGGUAAUAAGUUCAGUGGGGCCAGAUAUCUAAGGAAUGAGCAGCAACAGCCAAUGUGACUUGGAGGCCUGAAUUUGCCGACAGGUAUGAAGGGAAAUAACAGGGCGCCCCACUGGUCUCUGCGAGGGAAGCUUGCUUAGGAGAAUGGCCAACAGGCAAGGAGGAAAAUGCCCUGCCCCUUAAAUAGAGAUUUAAUGCAUGGAAACAGGCAGCUGAAACUUUUCAGGAAAUAGAGGUAAAUAACAUGCUAUUAAGCCUCUGUUAAAGGGACAGACAUUUUCUCCAGGCUAUUUGGCAAUGCUGUUGCUUGUGUGUCAACAAGAAGGUUAAAAAGGUGUUGACAAGCCAAGUUGGAUGAAAGAGCUGCAAAGUACAGAGGCAGAUCAAGGUGGUGUGGCAUUUUAGCAUGUUGCCUAACAGACCUGGAAAUUUUUAAAAUCCCCUUUUAAGAAACCAGUCUCAGGAUCACACCUGCUAAAAUUUUCUCUGUAACACCACUACUAAAGGCAUUGGCUACUAAAGGCAUUGGCACGCACACCACUAGAAAUCGCUGCUCUACAUAACUUGCUUACUUAGCCCUUUUGGAUACCGUUUUAUUUUCCUCUUUUCUGCUUGUGUCACAAUAACAUGGAAACUGUUGGGUUCUCUGGUAAGAAUUUCUGGCUUUGGAAGAUUCGCCUUGUGGGUCCUUUCUGGCCCCCUAUAAUUCUAUAAUCUAAAGGCUUCCAAAUCCAUCAAUUUAAAAAUCAUUUGAAACAUUAAUUUCUGGAUGCUAAAAGAAUGAGAAUGGCUGGGUUUAUUCUCACAAACCUUUGUUCCAUUGGAGUUUAAAGUCAAGAUCAUUUAGGGUCUCGCCACAUGAGACAAAAUGUACUCGAAUUACAUGGGUAAUUCAAGUGUAUUUUGUAAUCCGAGUGUAAUUCGAGUGUAUUUUGUCUCAUGUGGUUUGACCCUUAGACUCCUGGGCUAAUAAGAACUGGCCUUGCAAGACAACAGCCACAUUCAGCGCUCCCAACACAGAGAGUGCUUAUUCGUGGAUCCCAAACAAACUCCCAAACCGUACACAUCUGUUUCACCUCAGUAGUGUUUUAAAUUCUUUGAACUAAGGAGAGUGGUUUUACUGUCCAGAUACUUCCUCCUGUAAAGAAUUCCUCUGUGGCUAUUGCUUUUAAACAACAGCUUCCUCUCCUCAGCUCAAUAGCUAGCAGAAGAGUUUCUGUCUCUUGAAAGCACAUAACGGUUGUAAAGGGAAUUUGUCUGAGCCACAUCCAUUGCUUUUAGCUCUCUAGUGGCCCCAAGCGGCGUGAAGGGGAGUAGCACCCUUAUUUAAUUUCACAGCUGGUUCUUCUACCAAGCGCUUGGGGCUAAGUCAUAUGCAUUCACACACUUUGUUGGAUGUCCCAAGGAUAAGGAGGCCAACUUACAUACUUGAGAUAGGGCCAAACUACAGGUGAUGCCUGACACAGGUUGGACACUUGUCAGCUUCCCUCAAGUUUUGAUGGGAAAUGUAGGCAGCUUGGCAGAAUGUUGGACAAGUGACAGUUGAAAAGUCCAUUGGUCAGCAGUCGGAGAGCCAAGCUGCAAGACCGGGAUGCCUACAUUUCCCAUCAAAACUUGAGGGAAUUAACAGAUGGUUAAUUAACUCAGUGCUAUCUCAACUAUGCCUCUGGGGUUGCCAACUCUAGGUUAGGAAAUUCCUGGAGAUUUGAGGGUGGAGCCAGGGGAGGGCAGGGGUUGAGGUGGGGAGGGACUUCAGCUGGGUGUAAU